AAGAAAACAUUUCAACCUAUAUUAAACAGAUCGACAUAAUCUAUUUCAACAUUUAAAAAAAUCGACUUCAACAAUAGUGUAAUUACUAAAAUGCCCAUAGUUAUGAAAGACUUUAUCUGGAAACAAACCAAAUCCGAUAUAAUAGUCCAAGUUCCAAUGAAAGGAGUGAAUCAAUCAAAACUUGACGUGCUUAUAUCAUCAAGAUUUGUAAAAGCCACUUACGAAAGAAGCUAUUUUGAGCUGAUAUUGUUCUCGACGAUCACUGCAUCUGACAGCAAAUGUAUAUUAACUCCUACAGAAGUUAUUUUUGAGCUGAAAAAGUCCGAAGAAGUCGAGUGGGAGUACCUGGAACCGAACUUGAGUAAAAGAGAGAAGUUGGAAUUAAAGAAACUGUUUUUAGAAGAGUCGUUUAAAGAGAUACAGGCUGCUGAUGAGAAAAAAUGCGAGAAGAAACAUCAGUUGAAAAGACUUGCUGUUAAAAAACAGAUUGAAAUAGACAGUGAAAAUAGAGAAACUAUUGAUAAUAUACGAAAGGAAGAAGAAAAUCGUGCCUUGGGUGAUUUAGAAGAAUUUAAGAAAAAAGUGUCACAAAAACUAAAAUCUUCCAACAAUCAAAAAUUAAAAGCAAAACCAACUUUACAAACAAAUUCCAAUAAAGCAAAUGAAGAAAUUCCGAAAACUAGAUGUUCACAAACCUUAAAAAUUGACUUCACAUCUCGAGAAUUUCCCACUCCUUGUAGAGAAUCCAAAUUAGAAGAAGAACAUGAAUAUCUAACGAAACAAGCCGAAGCUAGGAGAACUAUUGGUUUUGUUAGUGAAGAUAUACGACCAGAAGAGAGAAAUCCUCAUUUUAUCAAAGCCAAAGGAAACGAAUUUUUGAAAAAUAAGAACUAUUUGGGAGCCAUAAGUGCCUACAGCUAUGGUAUAAAGCUGAGCAAGAAUUUUGUAGAUUUUUAUAUAUGUCGGUCUGAGGCACAUAUGGGCUUAGGUAAUCUUUGGAGAGCCAUAGAAGAUUGUAGCACUGCGUUGGAACUGCUUCAGCCGAUUUGCGAGGUGAAUUUGUACGAAAGAGCCAUAUGUAGUGGACGAAGAGGUGAAGCCUUGUGCAAAUAUGGUAAACGUAGACAAGGAAUUGGAGAACUUAAGCACUGCUUGAGCCUAAUUGAUUUGGAAUACUAUAGAGGUGUUUUGGAGAUUGAAGAGAAACUUUAUGAAGAGGAGCUAGAACUUGAAAAACAAGCUCAAAUAGAUAAACAAGUGACAGAGGACAAACAAGGAAAGAAAGAAAGAUAAAUAUAACAAAUUGUGGUACAUAAAAACAUUUAAGAUUGUUUGUUAUUUGGGUGAAUAUUUUGUGGUCUUGACGUUCAGUGUUAUUCUAAGCAGCUUCUGAAAUAUGUUUUAUAGAUCGUUUUUAUACAUUUUUUUAUACAUCGCAAUUCAAGAACCACAAAGAAAAACGUAUUAUCGCUUUUGACAUUUAAUAUACAAAAAUACAUACAGUAUGGUGCAAAUGUAAGAAAUUAAUUCGUUAUUUCGUAAGUGGGCCAUUUUGAGAAGAACUCCCGAAACAGGUCGAUUUUUAUUUUUAAAUUAUGAUUUUUUGGCACAUACAGUCC